AUGCGAAAAAAAUUAUCUUUGCUAACUUUUUUAUUCAUAUUCAUCUUACUGAUAAAUAUACCUUCUUCACAAGGACAAACUAGCAGCACAACAACAGCAUCAGCAACAUCAACAACAGCAACAACAUUGACAACGACAACAAUAUCAUCAGGGUCAACAACAACAAUAACAUCAACAACAGUAACAGCAAUAACAUCAACAACAGUAACAGCAAUGGCAUCAACAACACUAACAGGGACAACAAUAUCAACAGCAUCAUCAACAUCAAUAAUGAUAAUGACGACAACGUCAUCUACACCAAGCUGCUCAAACACUCUAUUGAUAGUGAAUAAAAGUUAG